UCUCGUUUAACAACUCUCUAUAGCAACUCGAUCGCGCAUAUGUAGCCGAGUACGUUCACUUGGAAAGCAACCGUUGAAUUAGCUUCGUUUCUUCAAAGUCUCGUACGCACUCUGUUCUCCAACUCUGUCCUCCGUUGAUUCUUGUUUAGUUUAACGAACAGUCCGGUCACCUUUUUACCGAGCACACGUGGGAAUCGUUGAUACUCAUUUACGAGAACGAUUUUUAAGUUGACGCGAGUGAAAAAAAACGAUUUCGAUGUGGUUACGCAUGAAAUGCCGGUCGAUCGCGGAGGGGUCUUGCGGUGAUCGGAAAGAGGGGGGAAAGAGGGGACGGAAGCCUGGAAGGAAGGCGUCCGAGAGGACGGAUAUGAAAGCCAAGCUCGAACGAAGUCGACAGAGUGCGCGGGAGUGUCGUGCUCGGAAGAAGCUCAGGUAUCAAUAUCUCGAAGAGCUGGUAGCCGAUCGCGAAAAGGCCGUACUCGCUCUACGAAAGGAGCUGGAAAUGUACCGACAGUGGGUCCAGGAAUUGGACGCCGGACGAAUUCCCGAAGGGCUGCAGCCGAUGUUGGAGGAAUUCGGGUCCCUGAAACAGGAGGAAGUCAACUAACCGAUGAGAGGCGAACCACGAGUCACGAAUGUCGUUUCUUUUCAAUGUUUACGCUUUCGUCGUGCCCCUACUUUGAUAGAUUCGAGCUUUCUAUCCCUUCGUUCCCCGUCGUUCCCCGUCAUUUUUCGUCUAAUCGAAGAAUUCACGGAAAUAAAACGUACUUCUCGUUCGUGUUCCAUCUGGCGUUUCGCCGUCAAUCGACGAUACGUUGGAACGUGAAAGUAGAGAUCGUCCACGAUCGCGCCUAUGCUUGAUUUAGUCCUUGUUCGCGUCCUCCUCUCGUCUCCUCCCCCUUUCCAAAGAGUUUUAACUAGUUUGGCAUUGUUGUUUCUUCACUGGUAUCGUUGCGUUAUAAUUUUACAUUUCUUUUUCUUUAUACCCUGAUAUCGCCAAGUAUCUCUUCUUGUUGCUCGUUGUCCGUUAAGUUAAAAAUAUUUUGUUUUUAUUAGCGUUGAACGCAACGAUAAGCCGCCAGAACCAGUCGCGCACUGCUCGGCGCUUUGAAUGCACACUUUUUUGUGCGGUAUGGCAAGCGGAACGGAUAUAGCGAUCUAUUCGAGGUGGGUUUUGGACCAGCCGUUUUUUGGCUGUAGGCUCGUGUUUAACGGAUCUUGGUAGGAAUCGCUGUUAGGUUUUUGUCGCGGAAUAUUGCUUCAACCCCUGUUUGGACGUAAUUCUCUACGAGAUCGCUACAUUUCUUCCACUCUCUAUAUCUACUACACGUACCUUCCCACAUGCGAUUGUUAGAGAUAAUGGCAUAAACAUUUAAUAUAUCCCUGUUGGCGCGUCACCCGAGUCCGGUAGUCGCAUGUCGUAAUUGUUACGCAGUAUUCGUUCGUUCCGUGACACUUUGUCACGGUGGGCGUUAUUCGUUGACCGAUUUAGGCUUUAUUUUUGAAAAUUACUCGCCAGGAGCGUUUUCAUUUUCAUCGUGACAUGUUGCAGCCACGAUCUUUCGUGGCGACCGAUUGUCUAUACGGAGACGAUGCGGUAUUUUUAUAUUACGAAAGCUACUAUUAUUUGUACAGAUUACCGAUAUUGCGGAAACUCGUUCAUGUAUGUACAUACUUGAAAAAAGUCUAAAGUGCGAAUAAAGUAAUUAUUUUUAAAGUAA